CCACCUCCAUACUGCAGUCAGACAAAUGGGCACAGAGAGGUUCAGUCGUCAAUGUGGGCUCGCACAGCAGAAAAUGGCUGGAGAUCCGAUGCAGGCACCCUGGCUCUGAUUCUGACUCUGGACAGAGAGCACUACUGCCUGCUGUUUCUUGGGUAGCAACUUCCAGUCGCCAAGCAUUUUCCUCACCUGUGAAAUGGGCAUCAACACACUUAGCCUCCUGUCCUGCCCCGUGGGGCUGGGCAUCUUCAGACUGGGACCCGGGGGGUCUGCAGUCAGGUGCGGUGGCCGUGUACACCUGUACCUUCCGUACUUGGAAUGUGGAGACAAGAGGAUCAGGAGUUGAUCUUUGGCUAAGUAGUGAGUUCAAAGUCAUCCUAAGCUACAUGCGAUGCUUACACAGGAACACAUUGUUAAAGGGCACCUUUGCCAGCCCCAGCUGGAGGAAGGAAGUUUGUGUCAAAGCCCUGGGCCCCUCACCUAUGCAAGUUCCUGGUAGGUUACACAAUGCCCCCACUGAGAUCCAAGCCUUGGAAAUUCCAGAAAACCUCUGGAUGCUCCAGUCCUUUGUGCCCUUCCUCACUAGAGCCUGUCUCCCCACCUACCCCACACUCAGCAAAGCCUACAUCACUGUAGCCCACCCUUGUUAACACAGGAAGCUGAGUCUGGGGUACUCUGAGACGAGGGCUGGAACGUCCCGCCCAGAUGUGAAGCAAGCCCUUCCUCUGCACCCCCACCCUCCCCAGAAGAUAAAGUGCACGGGGCCAGGGCCUGACUCAUACACAGCCCUGACAGCCGUGUGCGGCACGUCCAGCAUGUUGUUUGCCUGGGCUCUCUUCCCUGCCCUCCUGGGCCUGGCAGACUCCUGCUGUUUCGUCGUGCCCCGCAGUGAGUGGAAGGCCCUGCCAUCCGAGUGCUCCAAGGGCCUGAGGAAACCAGUCCGCUACGUGGUGAUCUCACACACAGCCGGCAGCUUCUGCAGCAGCCCGGACUCCUGUGAACAGCAGGCCCGCAAUGUGCAGCUUUACCAAAUGAAACAGCUGGGCUGGUGUGAUGUAGCCUACAACUUCCUCAUUGGAGAGGAUGGACAUGUCUACGAAGGCCGAGGCUGGACCAUCAAGGGUGACCACACAGGGCCCAUCUGGAAUCCCAUGUCUAUUGGCAUCACCUUCAUGGGCGACUACUCACACCGGGCACCUGCAAAGCGGGCUCUCCGUGCUGCCCUAAAUCUUCUGAAAUGUGGGGUGUCUGAGGGCUUCCUGAGGUCCAACUAUGAGGUCAAAGGACACCGGGAUGUGCAAAGCACUCUGUCUCCAGGUGACCAGCUCUACGAGAUCAUCCAAAGCUGGGACCACUACCGAGAGUGAGACCUUGAGACCUUGUGGAGUUCCCACCCUGAAAUCCCUCCUACCACCUGCUCCUUCCCAGUGACCCCAAUAAAGACGCAGCCCCAACCAUGCUCCAGAGAA